AUGGGUCUCGCCUUUCUCGGCUCCGCGCUUCUCCUCGCGCCCCUCGGCGUCGCUGCCGCACUGGCGCUGCUCUUCGGGCUCUUCCUCAUCUCCCAGUCCCUCUACCGCCUCACCAUCGGCGAGCACGUGCUCAACAGCUGGUCGCACAUUCCCGCCGCCACGCACCAAGGAUCGCUUCUCUCCACGAUUCUCAUGGGUGACUUUGGCGCCAUCAAGGCGGCGCAGCCGGGCGAGCAGCAUGCCGAGUGGAUCAAGCAGCUCGGCUCCGUCUUUCGCUAUCGCCACAUGUUUGGCACGCCGCGCAUCUUCAUCAGCGACCCCAAGGCCAUGCUGUACAUUCAUGGUCCGGCUCGCGCCUACAAGUACCCCAAGAGCAAGUCGACGCGCAUCUUUCUCGAUGCCGUCAUGGGCGAGGGCCUGAUCACCGUCGAGGGCGAAAAGCAUCGGCGCGAGCGUCGCAUCAUCUCUCCUGCCUUCACCAACGCCGCCGUGCGCGAGCUGCAGCCGGUGAUGGAGAAGCACGGCGCCUCGCUCGCUGCCAAGAUUGGCUCAAUCAUCGAUGGCGCCGUCGCGCGGCGCAGUGGCAGGGCGCCCGCCGGCGUCCUUCAGGACGGCGAGUCUCCUCCCGACGCCCAGGUCGCGCUGCAUUCCUGGCCGGGCUCGUCGGCCGUCGUCGACGUCCUCUUCUGGGCCUCUCGCACCGCCCUCGACGUCAUUGGCGAUGCGGGCUUCAACUACCAGUUCAACUCGCUCGACAACGGCAACGCAGACGAGCUCAGCGAGGCGUACAACAACCUCAUGACGGCGUGCAUGGAUGUCGACCUCGUGCAGGCCUUCACCAUCCUGCUCUCCGAGAUCCGAGGCCUCGGCUGGAUGCGCGGCAUCCCCACGCGUCGGCAGAAGAUGAUCGCCUCUGCGCGAGCCACGAGCCAGCGCUACGCCACGCAGAUCGUCUCGCGCGCGAAGCAGGAGAUUGCGGGCGAGGUGGCCGCGACGAUCGUGCCGAGCAUGAAGCACCAGCUGUCGGCUGCGAACCUGCGCAAGCGUACGUCGCACGGCAGUGGCCUGCGCACCGGCCAGCGUACGCCUCUCGAGAAGAGUGACGAGAGUGGCGACGACAAGGCGACGCUCGUAGCUGAGGAUGACGCGCCGAUCACCUCUCGGGCACCUUCGAUUCUCACAAAGGAGGCCUUCGACGACGUGCAGACGACCAAGUCCGGCUCGCUGCUUCACCGCGUCAUCCGCGCCAACAUGGCUGCUGAUCUGCGUGCCAACGAGCGUCUGACGGACGAGGAGCUCGAGGGCGUGCCCGCCACGUUCCUCCUCGCCGGCUCCGAGACUUCCGCCACGCAGACCAGCUGGACGCUGCGUCUGCUCGCCGAACACCCGCACGUGCAGGAGCGUCUGCGCGCCGAGAUUCAGGCGGCAAAGAAGCAGCAUGCCCUCGAGGGCAGCGCGGGCACGUACGAAGGCUGCCUCGUCGGCGACGUGCAUGCUCUGCCGUACCUCGAGUGCUGCAUCAAGGAGUCGCUGCGCCUCAUGACGGCUCUGCCCUCGACGGUGCGCGAGGCGACGGAAGACGACGUCGUGCCGCUCUCCAAGGCCUACCGCUCUGCCGACGGCAAGUCGACGUUCGACAGCGUCGUCAUUCCAAAGGGCCACGAGCUCUUCGUGCCCAUUGCCGCCGUCGGCCUCGACACUGAACUCUGGGGCCCCGACGCGGCCGAGUACAAGCCGGAGCGCUGGGACAACUCGGCGACGCAGCUGCCCGCGGCCGUCAAGGCGCUCCCCGGUCCGGGCCUCUUCAGCUUCAUCUCCGGCCCGCGCAACUGCGUCGGACAGCGCUUUGCGCAGACGGAGAUCAAGGUGCUCCUGGCGCAUCUGCUCUGCGACUUCAAGUUCGAAGUCGUGCCCGGAUGGGAGCUCAGCCAGCGGCAGAUGAUUGCUCGCCGCGCCCUCAUCGUCGGCCAGGAGCAGUACGGCACGCGCAUGCCCCUCAUCGUCUCGCGCCUUUGA